CCCACUCCACAGGACUCUCACCUGAUCUCGAUUUUGCGGGAUUCUGAGCGAGAGAGAAUACACACACCAACAGAUAAACCACACCGCUAAGCUCAAAGCCAGAGAUGGCGGGCAGGACCUCCAAGAAUGCCAAGCCAACUGUAAUCCAGCUCAAACGAGGACGCAUAGCGAACACCUCUGUCAAGUUCCGGCCCCCCCAAUCUCCCUCUCCCCCUCCAGCCCCCCUCCCCUCCACCCCCCCUCCCCAAGGCCAGAUCGACAUAGGAACCAUCGCUGCUGCUCUUUGGACAAGCAGAAAUGAAGAAGAACAGAGAGAGGUGCUCGAGCAGAUCCCCCUCGAACAAGUCCCUGCAGAGCUCUUCUUCUGGGCCACCCGACACCUCCUCGUCACCCCCGAGUGCGUGUACUGCGGUGCACCGUCAACAAUCGACGAGAAAGGCCACCGCAUCUGCAGCAGAGGAUGCGAAGAGAAGUACGGACACUUCAAGAUGACCUGCUUCCACGCCUGGGCCGCUAUGUCCAGAGGCACCGCCGCCAGGGCGGAAGAGCUCCUCCACAGCACAGAUCAAGCCAUCAUCGAGGGGUUCAACAGAAAAUGCGCCGCUGCCUAUGCACGGAUCAAGCCUGACUUGACACCAGGCGCUCCCGAGAUUGACCUUACCAGCAGCAUGAGCGACAGCUGCGGCGAAAGCGACGACGAAGAUCUGUCGGCCCUUGAAACCCUCAAGGCCCUCCAAACCAAGCUCGCCAAGAGCGCCGACAAAGCCAAGCUGUCUACCGGCGCUAUCGAGAUCAUCCAAGACACCCUCAAAUCGGUUGAAGACGUCAUCGAGAAGAUCAAAGCCGAACAGGCACAAAAAGCCCCCCAAAGGGCUACCCAGAAGAAGGACUCGGCGUCCAAACCGCCCAUGAUGAGCUACAGCGAGGCUCUCAAGGCCAACAUCGCCAAGGCCACAGAGCACGUCCAGAGCCUCUCUGGAAACGAGAAGAUGGCCGAGUGUGGCCGUAUCCUCACCACCGGACGAGUCCCCAACAUAGAGUUGAAGAUCGUCCCCAGCGCCACCAAGCGACCGGCCUGGAUCUCGGGCCACAUCAACAACAGCAGCAUCACCAACGAGCCCCUCCGCGAGAAGGUGAACCGAAUGGAGUGGGUCUACGUCAAAGGGAUCCAGCGACUCCCCUACGGACUCGUCAGAAAGACGUUCCAGAGCAUCGGCAUCCCCAGCCGCGAGAUCGCCGAUAUCUCGUUCCCGGAGAAUAACGUCAUCGAGAUCCUGAUCCGUGACGCGGCAAAGAAGGAGGAGAUCCUCUCCAAAAUCCUCAACCUCCCCACCGACAAGGGAAAGAAGCUGAGUCUCCUGACCGGCUACGAUCCCAUCAAGAAGAAGCUCCAAAAGUCCCAAACUAAGGAGAAUGAGAAAGAGCAGCUCAAGACACACAUGCUGCAGUCCCUCAACCGCGUUAAGAGGACCAAAGACUUCACGGUCAAGAGGAGCCUCCAGAUGCAGAUUCCCCUGGCAUACCGCCAGGAGUUUGACCGCUUGGCCAGAUCCAUCCUUGACGGAGAGACGGUCAACCGCCGCGACAUCCGCAUCGAGGCCACCCAACUGGAUAGGCCCCAAACCCCAAACGACUGCGCGGAACUCAUGGACCUGAGUGGUGCAGACGAAAACAACGAGAAUGGUGACGUCAGCGACGCAGAAACCAUCACCCCCAAUGAUAAGUGAGAACCCAACAGGAGGCGGCGCUCUACGGACAGAGCUGACCGUCGCAUCCUUCAACGUCCGUGGCCUCCAUGC